UGAUGGUACAGCUUCAAAGACGCAAGUCACUUCCUCUUUAGUUUUAUGCUCGAACACACAAUCCACCAUGUUCGAUGAAUCCGUUAUUCAUAUGAUAUAAGAAGGCAAAUGGAACCCAAAGGGGUUCUCUGGAUUUUUACUUUAUUACAUUUCUCUUUGGAUUAUUAAUUUCGGUAACCGAAAGAAUAGUUGUUUCGUUUUUUUUUCAAAACGCCUGUUCCGCAGUCCAACAAUGGGGGGGGGGUAUGUCUGCCCUGAAAUAUGUAGGCUAUCUAAAGGAAAUUAAAGAAUCUCCAUCAACACAGCUGAUAUCGAGAGGCGGGGUAAAAGACAAGCACAAACUCAACCAUGGAGAAUCAGAUGAAGGGCCCAGGUGUGCCGGCCAUCAGCUUUGGGAGCGAGACAAAUCUCAAACUCAACAUUGGAGAAUCAGAUGAAGGGCCAAGCCUAGAUAACCAGAGAGCAUCCUCACCUACACCAAGCGGUAUCUCCAUGAAGAGUGACCGCUCCAUUGAUCAUCCACCAGAACUCAACAAAGGAAAAUCAGUGGGAGGGCCCAGCCUAGAUAACCAGAGAGCAUCCUCACCUACACUAAGCGUCGUCUCCAUGAAGAGUGACCACUCCAUUGAUCAUCCACCAGACCUCAGGAGAGGAGAAUCAGCGGAAGGGCCCAGCCGAGAUGAGCGUCCCAGCAAUGCCUUUGUGAAGGAUGAAGUACUAGACUUUAACAAUGGAGAAUCUGAGGAAAGCAUUCAACGAAAAUUAAAGCAAGCUGCCAAGAAAAAAGCCAAGGACAAGCUCACAAAAAACCUUAAGAAGAGAAUCAUCGAUGAGUACGGGAUACGCCCGAGGAAUGAGGAAAUUGAAACUGACCUGUUCAUCACAGGAGGGCAGAAAGACAAAAAGGGAGGUAGAGAGAUCCAAACUGGAGCCAAGGACACAAGACAAACUACAUAUGAUGAAAUAUUUCAAUCCAAAGGCUCUAUAAAAAAAGUGCUAACAAAGGGGUUGGGUGGUAUUGGUAAAACCUUUCAGGCACAGACACUCAUGUUGGACUGGGGAAGGGGAAGGAUUUACCCAGAAAUUGAUAUGUUAUUUAAAAUCAAUUUAGGGAAACUACAAUCAACAGAAAUUGAAAGUCUGGAGGAACUACUUGAUCAUUUAUUGGGAAAAGACAGUGAACAUAGAACAUCAGAUUAUAAAGACUACAAAAUAGCAUUUGUGCUUGAUGGUUUGGAUAAGUGUCAACUUCCUCUUGACUUUGAUCCCAAGAAUGACUUGACUGACACCAGAAAGAAAGAUUCUGUGGACAGGCUACUGACAAACCUCAUCAAGGGAAAUUUACUGCCGUCUGCUUGCCUGUGGAUUCUAACCCAACACUCAGCUGCUGAUAAGAUUCCCACUGAGUUCAUUGACCGAGUGACUGAGUGUCAAGACUCUGUGAAGCGACGACAGAAGCUUACCAAGAGCAUGAAGAAACGGUUCACUAAUGACUUUCAAAAUAACAAAGAUUUGAUUCUUCCCAACCAAAGUAACACUGAACACAUUGAAAAGGAGAGCAGUGAUGCUUUGGGGAAUGUCAAGGCAAUAUCUGUUGCUGUAGCUGAUAUUUUCAAAGCAAAAAAAGAUGAAAGAAUCAAAACGGUUCUAACAAUUGGAGAUGCUUGCAUUGGAAAAACCAUUCAUGCACAGAAAUUCACAAGAGAGUGGGCAGGAGCUGUCACCUCACGCACCACCCGAUUUUUUAAUUUUGUAUGGAGAAUGGAACAGGACACAGAAAUGGUAUUCCAUCUAACUUCUCACCAACUAUCUAAAUUCAAAGAAGAAAAGAAAAGCUUGAUAGAACUCCUCAACGACGUCUUCCCAGAAACUCAACAGUUUGUAAUAUCUGACUUUGAGAAGUAUAAACUCAUAAUUGUCCUGGACGGUUUGGAUGGGCUUCCACUGGACUUUGGCGACAGUGUUAAAACCCUGAGCGAUGUGAGAGAGGCAGCCCCUGUUAGUAGGCUGCUUUCCAAUCUCAUCAGGGGGAAUCUGCUUCCGUCUGCCCUUCUCUGGAUACUCUCCAGGCCUCUGGAAGCCAAGCAAAUCCCCUCUGAAUUCAUCCACAGACAGACAGAAAUACGAGAAAAGCCGGAUAUUGCAAGCCAGAGGAAACUUAAAGCUCAUUUGAUCAAGAAGUUUCAACGAGUCUCCGAAGGGAUCACCCAACAAGGAAAGUCAGCUCUUCUUCAUGAGAUCUACACAGAGCUAUACAUCAUAAAGGGCGAGAGUGACGAUGUCAUUGGUCAGAACGAAAGCAGGCGGGUUCAAGCAGCAUCAUUUGAAAGUGGUAGACAGGAAACGGCAAUCAAACAUCAUGACAUCUUCAAAUCAGGACAAAAUGGAGAAAUAAGAAGAGUUCUGACAAAUGGAAUUGCAGGGAGUGGAAAGACAAUUGCUUUACAGAAGUACAUGUUGGACUGGGCGGAAGGCGCAGUCAAUCAGGGCAUAUAUUUUCUCUUUACAUUUCCCUUCCGGGAGCUGAAUUUGAUGAAUACUGAAGAGCACAGCUUUGAAGGAAUUAUACAUAGCUUCUUUCCAGAAAUGAAGACAUCAGAAAUCACAAAUUAUCACAAUUACAAAAUCCUUAUUGUUCUGGAUGGCUUUGAUGAGUGUCGGCUGGAUCUUAAUUUCAGUGAAAUUAUAGACUGGUCGGACAUGAAAAAGCCAGCUCCUUUGAAAGUCCUGCUGACGAAUCUCAUCAGGGGAAACCUGCUUCCCGGAGCACAGCUCUGGAUCACUGCACGGCCCGCAUCCUCCAGAAACAUUCCUCCGGAGUGCAUCGACCUGGUUACCGAAGUCCGUGGAUUCAAUGACCUCCAAAGGGAGCAAUACUUCAGAAAAAGAUACGAUCCAGAGCUGGCCGAGAGAAUCUUCUCCCACAUCAAAACCUCAAGGGCACUUUACAUCAUGUGCUACAUUCCAGUCUUCUGUUGGAUUACCUCCAUUGUGCUGGAAGGCUUGAUGCAUAGCGAGGAGAACGUGCAGCACAUGCCCAAGACUUUGACUGACAUGUACAUAUGCUUCCUCUUGUUACAGUGCAAACUGAGCAUUGACAAAUUCCAGGGUGGUGAUGAGAAAAGGGAGGAAGUCAAUGGUACAGGGUCAUACUGGACCAAGAUAAACAAAGAAACUGUGUUGUCCCUGGGGAAGCUGGCAUAUGAGGAGCUGAAGAGGGGUAACUUGGUCUUCAUAGAAGAGGACCUAAAGCAACGGGAAAUGGACAUCACAGCAUGUGCAGUCUACUCUGGCCUGUUUACACAGAACUCAAUAGAGAGUUAUGAUCUGAUAAAGCAAAAACUGUACAGCUUUGUCCAUCUGAGUAUUCAGGAGUUCCUUGCUGCGGUUUAUGCCUUUGUCACAUUCGUCAACACAGAGAAAAAUGUGCUCACUGAGCCUGCUAUUACAGUCGGAGGCCAAUCCGACUUCUACAUAUGUGCUGUGGACAAAGCUUUGGAAAAUGACAAUGGAGAUUGGGACAUAUUCCUUCGCUUCCUCCUUGGUCUUUCCCUGGAGACAAACCAGAAGCCUCUGCGUGAUCUGUUGGUGAGCCAGGCAGGAAGAAACCAGCCUGAGACCAACAAGGACACAAUUGAGUACAUCAAGAGAAAGAUUGAUGGAGACAUCAAUGCAGAAAAGCGCAUCAAUCUGUUCCACUGCUUGAACGAGCUCAAUGACCAUUCUCUAGUGAAGGAAAUAAAGGACCACCUUCAGAAACAAAGCCUUACGUUUGAAAAAUUCACACGACCACAGUGGUCCGCCCUGAUGUUUGUCCUAUUGACAUCAGAUGCGGAUCUGGAUGUGUUUGAUCUGAAAAAAUACGUCAAAUCAGAGGAGGUUCUUGAAGGAAUGCUCCCCCUAGUGAAAGUCGCCAAAACAGCUUUGCUGAACAGGUGUGACCUCACUGCCAGGUCCUGCGAAGGCUUGGCAUCCUCUAUCCUGAAGUCCAGCUCUUCUAACCUAACAGUGCUGGACCUCAGCCACAAUGAUAUCAAAGAUGCAGGAGUGGAAAAGCUUGCUGAAAGCCUGAGGAGCAAAUGCUGCAGGCUUGAGGUUCUCAAGUUGUCAUACUGCCAAGUGACAAAAACUGGCUGUCUGUCACUGGCAUCAGCGCUUGAGCUCAAUCAUUCACAACUGCAGGAGCUGGACCUGAGCUACAACUACCCAGAAAAGUCUGGAGAACAGAGGCUUUCUGCCAUCGCUGCUGAUCCAAAAACAAGUCUGAAGACACUCAGAAUUGACCACGGGGGAGAAUGCAGACUAAAGCCAGCUCCAAAGAAGUAUGGCAUUGAGCUCACGCUUGAUGGGAACACGGCCGGCGAGAGACUGGUCCUCAGUGAGGACGGUAGAACAGCAAGGCGAAAGAAGGCCAAGGACAUAGAGCGUUUCUCCCCGGACCACAAGCGCCCGUCCAUGAGGCCCCAGGUGCUCUGUGUGGAGGAACUGCCUGACCUCUGCUACUGGGAGGUCGAGUGGAGCGGGCACGUGGGUGUGGCUGUGGUUGAUAGUCAAAUCGAUAGGAAGGAGCGGUUUGGUACCAAUAAGAUGUCUUGGAGUCUGGUCGGCAAAGUAAAAGGAAAUAAAGUGAAGUACGAGUCUUGGACAGACUCAGCGAGCGGGGACCCCUGUAAAACAACAGGCCCCUUGGGUCCUAGACUCGGAGUGUUUCUGGACAGGGAUAGGGGCAUGCUGACGUUCUAUGAUGUUUCAUCUGAAAAGCAGGAGCAUAUUCACACUUUCAAUAUUCGGUUUGACGGGCGUAAGCUCUUAGCUGGGUUCUGGUUGGGUAAAGGCCAUGUGUCACUCUGUGAGAUAUAAGCGCAUUCAACGUUUUUCUUAAAAUGAGCAGACUCUUAAUCAACUCUUUCAGGCAAAAGCAUAUCAGUCUUAAUCUGAGGGCUGAUGGUAGUUUAAGUUGCACUUGAAACGGCUCAAAACUGCACUGUAUCGGCUAAGGAAAAAAUUCAAGAUGACUUGAAUAAAGAAGACAAGAUGACGGCUAGUCACCACUGCCAACUAGCCGGCUUAUUAGACAUGAAUGUGUCAUGCAUAAAUUCAAACGUAAAAAUGCCUUCUAACUAUGCCCAUUAGGUGAGUGCUGCAUGCAGCGCUCAACUAUUGUUCUUCCUACGUUUUAUUCUUUCUUUCUUUAUUAUUCUCUACAAACUUUGGGACCUAUCUCUUUCCUCACUUUUUUAAAUUUUCAAAUAUUAAGGAUAGAUAUUAAGAAUAUUCUACUUUUAAAAUAUUAUCUUUUUUUAACAUGGGAAUCAAUGGGAGGAUGGCAGAGCCGUCCUCUGGUACUUCCAACUGUUUAAGACGUAAUUAAAUCAAUUUUCAGCCGUUUAUCUUGAUAACGGAAUUUCAAUGUCAUUUCAACUUUAUUCAGAAUCACAGUUUUAGUUUCAUACCGGCUUUACAUUGUUUACUCCAUUUAGACUUUUGAACUUGAUUUAAGCCAUUUAACGUUUCUUUAUGUCUUAAUCUAUGUGGCUUUAUUCAAAAAUAUUUUCAACCUCACUUUGUACUACAGCCCUCACCGCAUUUUCUGCAGGAAAUGCAUUUUCUAGUUAUUAUUAUGAUUUUGUUGUUUUCGUUAUAUUUUCAUGAAUCUUUGAUACAUACCAUGUGAUCCAUUUAGUGGUACUCCUAAAGUUAAAGGAAGGGAACCACUGAUUUAGAGGACAUUGAGAAAGAGGACCAUUCCUAUACAUGUUGGUACUGGAAGCAGCCUGAAACAGGCUAUAUUUCUUGUUAUCUAUACAGUUUUAAUGCAAUUGUUUGACUUCUUGUCUGGAAAUGUGAUUAAAUGUGAAA